CGAAACGGUACAUGCGAACUACGUGAAGAUAUGAUUGGGUAAUCAUCGCACUGUGAGGUACCUACCUUAAUUACCGGUAAAGAAUGUGAGACGGUCCUUCGUAGUCCCAAAUACAACAUACUCCCUGAUCCUCAUCCUCAUAUAACCUACUCGGAGCCAUCGCCAUCUUCUUAAUUAGUGUGACUCCGUGAUAGAUGCUGGUCGGCACCCCACCGCUUGAGACAAUGUAUGUCCUGAGGAGGCAGUUAACUGUCAGACCCGGCGGUCGAUUGACAAAGGGGAUGCAAUCACGCCGCCAUCUCCAUCUCGGGCCACCAUUCCUUCUCGAUGAUUAUCGGCCUCGAUACAUGGGCCUCUCAUCCGUGGACGCGGCCAUGAAGCGUUCCAAGGCGUAUGCUCACCUCCGGAACUGCAACCUCCGCUGCGGGUUCUGCCAAAACCAUGACAUCUCUCACCAGCGUAACGGUCAAGACCAAGACCUGACCCGAAGGAACUCGCCGAGUGGUACAUUAAGCUGCAGGAUGUCGGCGGAGUCCAUAAUAUCAACCCAUCACUCCUGAGCACGUUGUCCCGCAAGUAGCGCUGAGCAUCCUGCACGCCCGAGAUCUGGGUCUCCGGUUGCCCAUCAUCUACAACACGUCUAAUUUUGACUCCCUCG